AUGUCUCUGGUGCCAACACAGCAACCUCAUACUUUUGUUGACAACCACGCAUCGUUGCAUUCUGCCUCCAAUAUCGCGAAACUUGGUUCCGAGGCGACCCUUGACACGCUCCUCAGCUCUCCCAACUCUAUGGAACGAAGUGCUACGGAGUACUCGCAGUCAGGUUUGCCUUCGCCCUAUCCAAGCAACUUCGGCGACACCAAUUCUGAAGGUUCGAGGGCAGAUCACGCAUCUGCUGCGCAAUAUCCUGUCAAGCAGGAAGUCAACUAUUCGACCUCAGCCACUCCUACCUCCGAGUACGGUGUCUAUCCUCAGUCAGCCCGAUCAGGAUCUUUCCCAGAGCACGUCCAGCGUUCAUACCAUCCUGCCAGCAGCACCAGCACUGGAGGUAUGGCGCAACAACAGAACAAUCCGUCCAUCGCCGCGCCGAGCCCAACUUACGCUUCGUAUGGGCAGCAUUCCCCCUACGCGCCUAACCCAGACAUGACACACAGUUACUCUCACCCAGGUGGCGGCAUGUAUGCGCAACCUCGACCAGACUGGGCUGGUUACCCUCAGCACGGUGGUACGCCUUUGACCCCCGGCCAUCCAGUUUACGCGCAAAACCCGGCCUCGGCGCCACCUCAAGCACGACCAAACCAGGUUUACUCCUUCGUUCCCAUUCCAGGUGCGCAACAGCACAAACGACCUCGGCGACGAUACGAGGAGAUUGAGCGCAUGUACAAGUGUGGAUGGAAUGGCUGUGAAAAAGCCUAUGGUACACUGAACCACUUGAACGCUCACGUUACGAUGCAGUCUCACGGACAGAAGCGAACACCCGAAGAAUUCAAGGAGAUUCGCAAGGAGUGGAAGCAGAGGAAGAAGGAAGAAGAAGCCAACCGAAAGGCCGAUGAGGAGCGAGCACGCCAGGCUCAGGCUGCCGCUGCCGCUCAGAAUGGAGGUGGCGAUCCUCAAGGUCCCGAUGGCACUCCUACCUCAUCCUAUCCUGGUCGAACAGUUCAGCUGCCUCCCAUCGGAUACCAGCCUGCCCAGUACCCGCCACCACCUUCUGGUGUUCCUCAGCAGCCUCUCCCUGAUUAUAACAACCAUAUAUAUCCGAAUUAUCAACCUCACUCGCCUUACGCGCAGCCCAGUCAGGGCAUUCCUUACCAAUCAAACGGUGGUCAACCCCCAAGCCAUUAA